AUGGAGGCCAAAACGGCAAUUGCGGUUUUCAAUCAAGGAAGCAACGAGUCCUUAAAUGAUGCUUGGGAAAGAUUCAAAUCCAUGCUUAGAAAAUGCAAGGGUCAUGGUUUUGAUGAUCUCACACAAAUCCACAUCUUCCGAAAUGGACUUCAACCGGUGCACAAGACACUUUUGGAUGCUACCGCGGGUGGAUCUUUAAUGUCAAAAAGCACGGAGGAUGCAAUAAUGAUAAUUGAUUGUAUGGCACUCAAUGACCUCCAAACUCAGCAUGAUAGGAGUCCAUCACAAAGAAAGCCGGGUGUUCUUGAAUUAAACACCAAUGAUGCCAUCCUUGCUCAAAACAAGAUUCUCUCUCAACAAGUUGAGUUACUCACUAAGCAAAUGUCGAAGCUUCCACAACAAAUGAAGGAAAUUCAAGGGAUGCAAAUGACUUCUCACGUAGCAAGUUGUGAACUUUGUCAAGGUGACCAUCCUACCGGGUUUUGUCCUCCUCCCGAGGGUGAAAAAGUGAAUUAUGUCAACAAUCAAAAUCAAGGUUAUCAAAGGCAACCUCCACCUCACAACAAUCCUUACCAAAGAAACAACCAAGGAUUCCAACCUUCAAGAUUCGGCAAUCAACACUAUCAACAUCAAAGUCCUUAUCAAAGUUCAAAUCCACAAGGCCAAGGUCAACAAUCUCAAAGUGGAAGCUCAAAGUUGGAAGACACUCUUACACAAUUCAUGCAAGCAUCCAUGGCUAAUCAAAGGAGUAAUGAAGCGGCCAUAAAGAAUUUAGAAAAUCAAGUGGGCCAACUUGCAAAGCAAUUGUCCGAGCAACAACCGGGAGCAUAUUUUUCCGCCAACACCCAAACCAAUCCAAAGGAGCAUUGCAAAGCCAUUGUUACAAGAAGUGGGAAAGAGGUGAAUAAUGGUGUAAAUGAAGAGUUUAUAGUGGAAGAUGAGGAGGAAGUAAUAGUUGAAGAUGAAGAGGAGGAAGUGAUAGUUGAAAAUGAGGGAGAAAAGAGUGAGGAGAAAAUUGAGGAAGAAUUAGUUGAAGAAGAGCGGAAAGAAAAAGAAGAAAGAGAGAAGAAUGACAAAAAGGUGAAGAGGAAUAAAAAGAGAAAUGAGAACGUGAGUACAAUUCCUCUCCAAUAUCUACCUUACCCGCACGUGCAAUCAAGGAAGGAAGACGCAAGGCGCUACACUCGAUUUAUGGAUAUAUUUAAACAACUUCACAUAAAUAUUCCCUUUUCCGAAGUAUUGGAGAAAAUGCCCAAGUAUGCAAAAUUCAUGAAGCAAAUGCUCACAAAGAAAAAGAAGUACACGGAUGAAGAGACAAUUGUGCUUGAUGCUCAUUGUAGUGCAAUUAUUCAAAAAACUCCCCCAAGAAAGGAAGCCGAUCCGGGACGAGUCAUUUUACCGAUCACCAUUGGAGGUAACUACAUUAGUAAUGGUUUGGUUGAUUUGGGGUCUAGCAUCAAUUUAAUACCUUUAUCCGUUGUCAAGAGAUUGGGGAACAUUGAGAUGAAACACACCAAGAUAACUUUGCAACUAGCCGAUAAGUCUAUCAUUUCACCAUAUGGAGUUGUACAAGACAUGCUAGUAAAGGUUGACAAAUUUUUGUUCCCGGUUGAUUUUGUGGUAGUCGACAUGGAGGAGGAUUGUGAUGUGCCAUUAAUACUUGGAAGACCAUUCAUGAAGACCACCCGAAUGAUGAUUGAUAUCGAUGAUGGGAUUAUGAAAGUAAGGGUGCAAGAUAAAGAGGUAAUUUUUACUCUUUUUGAGUCUACGAAGCCUCCUAAGGAUGAACAUGACAACUUUCGAAUCGAUGAUGAAAAAGGAGAAAUCAUUGAGGUGGCGAAUCAAUUUCACAAGGACAAGGAGAAGGCAAAUCAUGAGGGAAAGACUCAUCACAAAAACUUUGAAGUUGGACAAAUGGUGCUAGUGUGCAAUUCAAGACUCAAGGUGUUUCCUAGUAAAUUAAAGUCAAAGUGGUCGGGGCCAUUUGUUGUGAAAGAGGUGCGAAAUUAUGGAUCCAUUGUGGUGGAGGACCCUAAAACACAAGAAAGCUGGACUGUUAAGGAACAAAGACUCAAAGUCUACCACGAUGGUUAA